CUUUGAAAGUACAGAAACAACUUCAACUUCAAGAAGUUUUGCUCAGAGCUAGCUCUUUCCUCAGUCUUCAGCUCCAGCAACCAUUUUGUCUUCUUUAAACGGAGCUGUGGUUGAUUCUUCAUGUACAGCUGCAUUACCCUCACUGGGCGUUGUAGGUUCUCUUCUACUUUCGAUGAAGACAUUUGUAAGAAAUGGCAUGUGUUAUAUCCUACUGCUGAUACUUUAACAAAAGUGAAGAAAAAGAAGCUAAUCAAUGCAUCUGGUGGAGCAAUUUGUUGUAGAGAAGCUCUUCCUCUGCAAAAUGUGGCUGAAACACCUGUCCCAUGGAGGAUAUAUAACAUGACAAGUAAUGUAGCGGGGUCCUUAUCGAAGCGAACUUUGCCAACAGAAAAGAUGCGCAUGGUGUGCUAUGCGUACGAGUCUAGUAAUAAUGAGCAACAACUGAGAUUGUUGGAGUCAUAUUUUGCCAAACUCAAAAAUGAUGCAAAUCAGACUUCUGCUGAUUCUUUGAACAAGAAGACAGACUUAAAUCAUAGAAGCGGCAAUAUCAAUGCAAAGAAUACACUAGGCUCUCUAGAUUCUUAUCUGGAAAAGCUUAACAAAGAUCCAAACUUCCAAGACAAUGUGUUAUCUACAUCUGAUGACCAAAGCACUGAAGGCAAUCAGGUUGGAACACCUUUUCCUAUCAGCAAAAGUUCUGAAAGAGGUGUCAAGGGAGAAUUGAAAGGUUACAAGAAGUUCGAAAGCAGGGAUGGCGUAAAUCGUUUAGUGAGGCCUCAGGCUUUACCGCAAAAUGAUAAAAUCUCUGAUCUCUACUUAGUAGGCGCAUUGGCUUCCAUAAAUAUUGCAGUUUUUUUGUUUGAAAUAGCCAGUCCAGUCAGCAACUCUGAAUUUGAGCUCUUUUCUCUUCCAUUAUUGUAUGGCGCAAAGAUUAAUGACUUGAUCCUGGUCGGAGAGUGGUGGAGGCUAGUGACGCCUAUGUUUCUGCACUCGGGGCUUUGUCACAUAGCUCUUGGUUGUUGGGCGCUUCUUACUUUUGGGCCUCAAGUUUGUAAAAACUAUGGUUCAUUUACAUUCUUGUUGAUAUACACACUUGGAGGAUUUUCUGGCAACUUAACAAGCUUUCUUCACACACCAGAACCAACUGUUGGUGGAACCGGACCAGUUUUUGCUAUAAUUGGAGCUUGGCUUAUUUAUCAAAUGCAAAGCAAAGAUGUGAUUGAAAAGGAUGUUUCAGAGAGUAUGUUCCAGAAGGCAGUGGUUGCCACAACUCUUAGCUUCAUCAUAAGCAAUUUAGGACCAAUUGAUAACUGGACACACUUUGGAGCUGCUUUUACUGGUAUAAUAUAUGGCUUUCUCACGUGCCCUACGCUACAAGUAGAUGAUGCAUCUUCAAGAACAAAUCAAGAAGAAAGAAUUACACUAGUUAGACAAUACGCGAAUUCCUGUUCGGUAAGAGCCUAGUCAGCCCUCUGUUGGUAGUGAACUCGGUUGCAAAUUUGAUCAUACUUGGACUUGCUGGAUGGUCUCUUGACAAAUACAUCGAUGGUGAACAGAAUCAUCCUCAUUUGGGUGGGAACACUUCAACGAGCUUCAUGCUGAUGUUUGGGUUGAUUUGUGGAGUGAUUGGCGUCUGUUCGGUUAUAACUGGGCUUCUGCAUCUUCGUUCAUGGACUACUGAUAGCUUAGCCGCUGCAAUUUC